AUGAAUGAAUGUGGUGAAGCUUGCAAUAAAACGUACUAUGGCGAUGUGGGGAAGACAUAUGAUCUGGAAUUGCAUCGUCCGAAGGAAGAUAAGGUGCCUUACAUUUGCAAGCUCACCUUUAACGCGCCAGGUGACGAUUUCGGUGAUAUCGUGCAGCUGACCUUCGACAGCUUUACUCUAGGCAAAUUCGUAUCGUUCACCGCGGAGGGAUGUCCCGACGGGUCCCUGCAAAUCUCGGAGGCGCAGCGUCCCGACGUCGGCGGUCUCUGGUGCGGCACGUCCUGGGGACCCGCGAUCUACUACAGCGAAACACCCAGCGUCUCGAUCCUCCUUAAACUGCUCAGGCUCAGCAAAGAUCAGACGGGAUUCAACUUCGACUUUAGAAUGGCAUACAAGAUGAUUAGGAAGUCCGACGCGGUUGUGCGCUACGGAAAUCCCUUCGUCGGAAUAACGCAGGUCGUCGGGACGCCGGCGUCGACCGAGCGCACGUCCGCCGAAUACGCGAACACGUCGAUGGCGAUGCCGGUGCAAAUGGUCGAGCAACACGUGCCACCACCCACGAAACCGAGUUCCGAGCAGUUCUUAGGGGACCUAAUAUCUGGGACUUAUUGCUCCCGCAUAUUCACCGACUGUGACCGGAAGAAGUGCAGAUUGCAGUCGCCUAACUUCCCCGGUCUCUAUCCCCGCAAUCUCACCUGCUAUUAUGCGGUGAGACAGCACGAGGUGCCGGCGGGCAAGCAUGCUUUAAUACACGUAAAACAGCCGCGGGGCCAAUUGGUAGCUGUAAGAGCACGGCCAGCAACUCAGGCCGAGGCACCACCCCGGGAACUGCGUCUCUGGCAAGAUUGCGACGUCGUUCAGGACUACGUAACAGUGUAUGACGGAUACACCACCAGGGAGCCCGUGAUCCUAAAAUUUUGCGGCGGCGGGGAGCCGGUGCCGGAGGCCAUCAGCAGCGGGCCGGAAAUCCUCGUGGAGUUUACUACCUCUCCUUAUGGCACCUUCUUACAUCCGACGCCGCCCCAUUCCCUACAUGGGUUUCAAUUAGAAGUGCAAGUCACGUUCGUGGACGCCGAAUCACCGACCUACGCCAAGAAUAAGCGUUGCGAGUUCUGGCUGAGGGGCACCGGCGGCGGCAUCCUGGCGUCGCCACGUCACUCACUGCCGAGGAACAGCACCUGCCUGUACCAUCUUCGCGGCGCCGGUCCCACCUUGCCGAGCCCGACGCCGCCGCGGCCGUUACCCAAGUUCCCGGAGCAGAGACCCGGCACCGUGUGGAGGAGACCGGCCCCGAGACCGCCGCAGCCGCAAUUCCGCGUCUGGCUGUCUAUCCUCAAAUUCCACGUGGGCACCAGUCUGUCUACCACCGACGAGGAUUGCUCGACGACCCUGAUGGUCUGGGACGGCGAGAUGAUGCCGUUGUCGGAAUGCAACGACGUUGCCUGUGAAAAAGAGCGUCAGCGUUACGCUGAAAGAAUGGGCGAUCCGAUUCAACCCGUUCUUGCGCGUCCCUCGAGUAAUACUACACUGCUGGCGAGAUACUGCAAGGACAAAGUGCCGAAGACUUGCGAUCAUGCUAUCCUGCAAAAUACCAGUCGUCCGUGCUCUUUGGUGGAAAGUUUCGUCUCCUCUGGCAGCAGUCUAACUAUAGAAAUGCGCUUGGUCGAGUCGACGGCGCUCAGACCCGUGAACUUUCGUGCUCUGUACGAAUUCGUCGAUCUUCACCAGGAUGGCGAUCCUUACGGCAGCGGACCGUGUUCCCGCAUUUUCUACAGUCGGAAUCGAGACCAUUAUCCAGAUCGUAAAUUCCAAGGACCGCGCGACAUAUUUCUGUACGGCCGUGGAGGGUCGAAGAACAUAAGCUGCGUGUACCGCUUCGAGGGAGAACACGACGAGGUGGUGAAGUUGAGGUUCAACAAGCUCCUCAAUGGGAAUCGCACCUGCCGCAGCGUUGACAACUCCGAUUUCAAUAGGCUGCUCUGCGUCGACUCCGAGAACUUCUCGGUUAAGGUGCUCGAUUUACCCUGGCCAAACGCGCCGCCCAUCCAGCGAGAUUGUCUCUGCUCGAAUCGAUCGUUACCCAUCAAUAUCAAAUCUACCUCUAAUAUCGCCGAGGUACAUUUCACCGUUCUAUCUAUGGACGCCUUGGAUGAUUACAACAAUCUCUUCUUCGAGGGCACCUGGGACUUCGUCAAGACGAUGCCUUGCAUGCAGAAACGUAGAGUCAGGGGACCAUCCGGUGAAAUUAAAUACACGCCACCGGUCGACGAUGAUGAGAAAAAUUGCGAGAACCAGCCGUGGCUGAUCGAUCCUGGGCCGGGACAGUAUUUAUACGUGAAAAUGAACGGAAUAAUCGUGUCGAAUAGCACGGAGUGCGCGACCAAGAAUCGCAUCAUCGUGCACACGGGCGGCGCGAUUCACGUGUCGGUGUGCCCGAAACCACCUGCCGGCUUGAGUCACCAUGUGGUGGAGGUGUUCAGCAACGGUUGGGCCGUCAGCAGCAACGCCAUGAUCCUCGCGCCGGGACAGGAACCGAUCAGGACUAUCGCCGUGGAAUUCAUCGUGAAAGAACCAGCUUCCUACACGGUCACAUGGCUCGAGCUCACCAGAAGACCGUCGGUGACGUCAACGGCGGGCCUGCAAGUGUCGCGGGACUGCGAGCAACGGUGCCCGGAGCUGGACGCCUGCAUAAACGCCUCGCUGUGGUGCGACGGGGUGUCCCAUUGUCCGUCCGGCUACGACGAGGCCCUGACGCACUGCUCCGUGCUGCUGCAGCUGCCGCCGUUGCAACUGGCUCUCGGCGCGCUCGUCAUACUCACCGUCCUCGGCGUCGUUAUCUUCAUCCUCGUGCGGGCCUGCCGGCGGCGCGGCCGCCGCUCGAUAUCCCAGCACCGUCUGAAGAGCAUCUCCUCCGAGACGGCGAUAAUCGACGGCAAGGAAGUGAUAUGCUGACACAGCGACAGUUCUGUGCGUUACGUCGAGGUCGACCGGGUCACCACCGUGUGACGAUCGCCGUCGUCCACGCUGUCGUCGGCACGGUUUCCGGCGGUCCUCUACAGAUCAGCGGUCAGACUCUGCUCGGCCAUGCU